UGCUCCAUUUGCAUACAUAUAUGAAUCCUUAUCCUCCAGCAACGCCAACAAUUACAUCUCUUGCUGCACUCUUGUAAGCUUAUGUUCCCAUGUCACAAAUGCUUGCUAAGGCAUUGCUUACAGUAACAGUACUACAUAUGAUCGUUGGCUUAUCUACUGAGGCUUUAAGUCGAUAUGACUUCCCUGAAGAUUUCAUCUUCGGAACAGCUUCUUCAGCUUUGCAGUUUGAAGGAGCUGUUACAGAGGAAGGUAGGGGACCGAGUAUAUGGGAUACGUUUGCAAGAAAACCUGGGAGGAUUUUAGACUUCAGUAAUGCAGAUGAAGCAGUCGACCAAUACCAUCGAUACAAGAUUGAUGUAGAGUUGAUGAAGGACAUAGGCAUGGAUGCCUACAGAUUCUCAAUUUCAUGGUCACGGAUAUUCCCAAAUGGAACUGGAGAACCUAAUCAAGAAGGAAUAAGCUAUUACAACAAUCUUUUAGAUGCUCUGCUAGACAAAGGAAUACAACCAUACGUUACGCUCUAUCACUGGGAUCUUCCACAGGCUCUAGAGGAUAGGUACAAUGGAUGGUUAAGCGUAGAGAUAGUAAAAGAUUUUGAGCAUUACGCCCAUACUUGUUUCAAGGCUUUUGGGGACAGAGUGAAGCACUGGAUCACCUUCAACGAGCCUCAUGGAUUCUCAAUUCAAGGAUACGACACAGGUAUGCAAGCUCCCGGAAGGUGCUCUAUUCUAUCUCACAUGCUAUGUCGCAGAGGCAAAUCAUCGACUGAACCAUACAUUGUCGCUCACAACAUCCUCCUAUCUCAUGCUGCUGCCUUUCGUACUUACGAGUACCAAUUCAAGGAGAAACAAAACGGUUCUGUUGGAAUCUCUCUUGAUUCCAAGUGGUAUGAACCUAUAUCAGAGGCUCAAGAAGACAGAGACGCUGCUCAAAGAGCAAUUGAUUUCGAACUGGGAUGGUUCUUGGACCCUCUCAUCUUUGGGGAUUAUCCCCACUCCAUGAAGGAGCUCGUAGGAAGCAGACUGCCAAGAUUUACAAGUGAGAUGUCCAGAUCGUUGGCUGGUUCCCUGGAUUUCAUAGGCAUAAACCACUACACCACACUGUAUGCUCGGAAUGAUCGAACAAGAAUCAGGAAGCUGAUACUGGAUGAUGCUUCAUCGGACGCCGGCGUGAUCAAGACAUCUUCGCGACAUGGAAAGAAGAUUGGUGAAAAUGCUGCAUCAGGAUGGCUGCACAUUGUGCCGUGGGGCAUCCGCAAGUUAAUGAAUUAUAUCAAGGAUAACUAUGAUAAUCCACUGGUUAUCAUCACAGAAAAUGGCAUGGAUGACCCUAAUUUCACUAGUCUGGACAAAGCACUGAAUGACUAUAAGAGGAUACAGUUUCAUUCUGAUUACCUCUCUUAUCUACAAGCUGCAAUACGGGAGGAUGGUUGCAAUGUACAAGGCUACUUCGUGUGGUCGUUACUAGAUAAUUGGGAGUGGAACUCUGGCUACACAGUUAGAUUUGGCCUCUAUUAUGUUGAUUUCAAGAACAAUCUAACUCGGAUAGAAAAAGCAUCUGCUAAGUGGUUCAAGCAUGCACUGAAAAAGGAAGAUGUCCCUGUACAGAACCAAAUCCAGUAAUAUAAGUUCAAUAACUUCAUCAUUCCUGUAUCAUAUAUAUUGUUUCAGUACACUAGCUAAUCUUAGCGAAAAUGUGAGAAUGAAUCAUAUCUCGAAACAUUUGUGUAGAAGACUGUUGACAUUUCAA